GUCAGCACCGAGUGGUGCCCGCCCCCUUAUAUGUGUAUCGUCUCAUAGCAACCAAGGGACCACAGGCAAACACCCGAGUGAGAAAUGGAAGGUGGUGGAAGUGAGGGCGGAGGUGAGGAGGAGAGAAAGAUGACUUCCCAAGACGAUAAGACCAGUGAGCCGUCAGAUACCACUGAUGCCGCAGAAGAUUCAGGAGCCACUGCUCCCAUGCGAGAGGGUGGCUCAGACGAGCAAGCGGAGGCAGGUACAGAUCAGACUGUCUCCCAUUCCCUCGUGGGCGUCAGUGGCGCAGAGUUAGCGCUCCUGGAGCCAAGUGGAUCAGAGCAGUACGAUGGAAGUCGGGUUGUGCCUCUGCCCCCGUACCCCUCCCAGCACUUCUCCGAGAGCCAGGAAGAGGGGACCCAGGGGGCCUAUGAGGAAGAGGAGGAAGAGGAGGAAGAAGAACUGGUCGUGCUGGAUCCAGAGCAUCCGUUGAUGAAAAGGUUCCAGUCUGCUCUCAAGCACCAUCUCAGCAAACAACUAGAGAGACUCAACAUGGAUCUACGAGAGAAAUUGGCCACGGAGAAGCUGGAGGCGGCGCAGCGUGAGCGCCUGGGCGUGGACCUGUACUCGGUGCAGUUGGAGCUGGCGCGGCUGCAGGCUCAGCUGGAGGGCCACCACGACGCCAACAUGCAGGCCAGCACGCAGCGCCGGCAGGUCCUGCAACAGCUGGAGAGCACCAAGGGCCACCAACAGGCAACGGCCAGCCAGGCCAGCAAGCAGCGAGCGCGGGUGUUACAGCUGCAGACUGAAGUGGAGAGUUUGGCCAUGCGUUUCUUCUACAUGAAGGACGUGAGUAAUGACCUGUCCUCGGACCUCUCCGUCAUGAAGAAUGCCUCACGCAAGGCAGAGACUGAGAAGACUCAAGCAGAGGAGCAGAAGUACAAACAGGAUCUGUAUGUGGAGCGCCUGACCAAGAACAAGGAGAAGCUGACUGAGGAGAUCACCAUGUAUGAGGUGCAGACCGCCGCCCAGUCGGAGGAGACGCAGGCCGCCAGGGAGGCCCUGGGCGAGGCUCAGCUGGAGAUGGAGGCUCUGGAGGUGGAGAAGAAGCAGCUGAUGCAGCAGUGGAACAGCAGUCUGGUUGGCAUGAAGUGGCGAGAUGAGGCCUACACUGCCAUGCAGGACGCUCUCAGGCAGGCCGCUAACGAAGGGCGCUCUCUGGACACCGAGAUCGAGGGCUACAAGAAGUCCAUCACGGUAGAGGAGGAGCGCAACGAGCUGCUGACCGUGCUGAUGAACCGGGCCCAGCUGGACAGCAGCACCUGGCGCAAACUCAUCACGCAGAGCCAGGGCCAGCAGGAGGCGCUGCAGAGCCAGUACAGCACCUACACACGCAUGCUGCACGAGAGCGAGAGCACCUACACGCGCCUCAAUGUGGAGUGUAGUCUGGGUCAGUCAGAGGUGACGGGCCUGAGGAAGCAGGUGGAGAGGGAGUCGGCCGCCCGUCUGGCGCUGGAGGAGAAGGUCAUGAGUAAACUCCAGGAGCAGCUCACCCACGACAGCGCCGCCAAGUUCUCCCGCAGACUCACGGGCAAGAUGGCCGCCCACAAGAGGGACCUGGAGGUGCAGCUGUCUGCGGUGGAGAACGAGCUGGCCCAGGUGUCCCUGGCGGCCAGCGAGGCGAGGCAGCGCGUGGACAACCUGCUCAGGGCUCUGACCCAGCUGGACCAGGAGAUCAGCCGCCGCCACGGCCUGCUGUCGGCCAGCGAGGCCCAGGUCGCCAAGCAGGUCACCGUCAUCGAGCGCAAGCAGGUCACCAUCAACGUCUACCACAAGAAGAUCCAGCAGGUCGUGUCUACCACUGGGCAUGAGGAUCUGGGUCCUCUGGAGAUCAGGGCGAGCACCCUGAGUAAGGAGCUGGACGAGGUGGGGGCCGAGAUCAAUGAGCAGCAGCAGUUCUGGCUGCGGCAGCAGGGGGAGCUAGUGAGGCUGUCUCAGGAGAAACAGGGCCAGAGCUCAGCACUGCAAACUCUCCAGACUCAACUAACCAUCCUGCAGCAGAGGAAAGUACGCACUGAGAGUGAGAUCGAGCAGGAGCGGCGUGAGCAGUCGGAUCUGGAGCGCCACAUGAAGGGCCUGAGGGGAGACAUGCUGAAGCUCAACUCCCUGCUCAGUGAUAACGGCCAGCUGGGCCAGGUCCUGGAGCAGAGCAACAUGCUCAUGGAGAACGAGUUCCUCACCCACCUCAAGGAGGCUGAGAGGGACGCCAUCCAGAUGCAGAUGAGGCUGGAGAAGGUUCAGGAGGAGAAGGAGAGACUGCUCAACAGCCUGGUGGAGUCAGAGAGACAGAUCAUGCUGUGGGAGAAGAAGACCCAGCUGGUGAGAGAGACACACUUAGCUGUGGACUCCGAGGUCGGACAGGGAGACAUCCACAGCAUGAAGGCUGAGAUCCACCGCAUGGAGGUGCGCUAUACUCAGUUGCUGAAGCAGCAGGAGCGUUUGCUUCGUGAGAUGGAGUCAAUGGUGGCCCGCCGUGAGAGUAUCGUGAGGCGCGGGGAGGCCCAGGCCCGCUGCGACCGCAAGCACACCACACACACUGACCUCCACAACAUCAUGCAGGGCCUGCGGCGCAAGAUCCUCGACACACAGAAGCAAGCGGAGGAGUGUGACGGUGUGGUGGCGGUGCUGAAGGAGUCCCAGGUCUCUCUGAGCAGCCGGCUGAGGGAGCAGCAGCAGCAGGUCACUGAGGUCUGCAGCAUCAGCACCGUGCUGGCCGACGACCUCAACGACCUGCAGGACACCAAAGACCAGAACCUGGCCCUUCUGGUGGCCCUCCAGGGCCAGGCCAAACAGCUGCAGCUGGUGCGGGACGGGCGCUACAGCGCGGUGGCGUCGGGCGAGGGCCCGCUGGCCUCUGCCACGCAGCGGGAGGAGGAGAGGCUGUGCAGUGUGGCCACGGUCCUGCAGCGCGUCUGCCAGGAGCUCCCCGAACACCAGGGGGCGCUGAGGCGCAUCACAAUCACUCUCGGCACACACGUACAGGAAGGCCCAUGAGGGAGGGUAGGG